GGGGGCGGGGCUCUGCCGCCCGGGGAUGCUGUAGCGGGGAUCUAUAGGGGCUCCUAUAGGGCACCUAUAGGGCAUCUAUAGGGGAUCCCGGCAGGGCCGCCCUUCCCCACCCCCCAUAGCCCCUCACCCCCCCCAUAGACCCCACCCCAUAGAGCGGCUCCUUCCCCUAUAGCCCCUCAUCCCCUAUAGGCCCCCCCCAUCCCCUGUAGCCUCCUCCAUCUCCUAUAGCCCCUCCACCCCUUAUAACUCCACACCAUAGCUCCCUUCUCCUAUAGCCCCCCCACCCUUAUAGCCCCCCCCCUUAUAGACCCCCUUCCCCUAUAGCUCUUCCACGUCCUAUAGCAUCUCCAUCUCCUAUGGCCCUCCCCUUUUCCCUGUAGGGACCAGCAAUAGAGCUGCAGCACCCGCCCCCUCAAACUCCCUUCCCCUAUAGGGCAGCUAUAGGGUCCCAAUCCCUAUAGCCUCCCAUUCCUUAUAGCCCUCCUUCCCCUACAGACGCAUCUAUUGCCUUCUUCUCCUAUAGAGUUUUCCUACAGUGCAGCGUUACCCCCCCCCCCACCUGUCUUCCCAUAUAGAACCCCUUCUCAUAGGGUUUACUCAUCCCUCUAUAGGGCCCCCUCUAUGGGGGGAUGCCACCCUCUUGUAUAGGCAGCUUCGCCCAAAGCCCUAUAGGAGCUGAGCCCCAGUAGUCCCUGAUAGGCUCCACAGGCAUCCACAGGGUGAAGCCUACAGCAGGCUCUUAUAUAACUUCACCCCAAUAGGGUGCCCCCCUAUAGCUCCCUACCCCUAUAGUGGGCCCCUAUAGCCCUCACUCCCUAUAGCUCUGACCCCCACAGGCCCCGCCCUCUAUAGCUCUGACCCCCAUAGGCCCCGCCCUUUAUAGCUCCGCCCUCUAUAGCCUCCCCCAGCGGCCCCUAUAGCCCCUAUAGGGGAUGGAAUACCUGCGGCGGCGGCUCUCCGAUGGGAACUUCCUGGCGGGGGGGGGAGGGGAUUCCCCUGGGGCGGGACCGGGGGUGGUGGGGGGGGGAGGGGCGGGGAGACCCCCCCCUCCGUUGCUGCUCGUCAUCGCCCCCCCCAGCACUGACUGGGUGAAGCUCUUCAAGGGUAAAUCAGUCCAUGGGGAUGUGGAGCUGCGAGUGGAACAGGCCCAGUUUUCGGAGCUGUCCUUGGUAGCCUCCACCCACGGCGCCCUCAGUGUCACCAUCCACACCCCCCGAGGGGGGACGCGGCGGGUGCGCCCCGACUUCGUGCUGGUGCGGGAGCCCCCCGAUGGGGGGUCUGCGGGCGCUCCCCGGCGGCUGCUGGUGGGGCUGCACCUGGGGGGGGUCCCCAGCACCGACCCCCUCCCCGCCCUGUAUGCGUUUGCCCACCCCCCCUGCCUGUUUGCCCAGUUGGUGCGGCUGCAGCGGGAGCUGGGCCCCGAGGCCUUUCCCCUGGUCCCACAGCGCUUCUGCAACCGGCCCCGUGGACUGCUGGCGGCCCCCACCUUCCCCAUGAUGGUGACGCUCAGCCCCGCCCCCGCUGGGGUGGGCAAGGUGCGCGUGGGCUCCCCCGAGGCGCUGGGGGCUGUAGCGGGGGCCAUGGGGGAGGCCAGGGCCGGGGCCCUGGUCCAUGGGGUGCUGGGGGGGACCCAGCGCCUGCGGGUGCAGCGGAUUGGGGACGAGUAUAGAGCCCUGCGGUGGUCCGGGGACCCCACAGGAGAGGGGGCUCAGAUGGAGCUGGUUGCCCUCAGCCCACGGCACCGUGGUUGGGUGGAUGCCUGCGCCCGCCUCUUUGGGGGUGUCGACAUCUGUGGGGUGGAGGCGCUGAGGGGCCCUGAUGGGCGUGAGCACAUUGUCCAGGUUCUGGGCUCCUGGAUGCCAUUGGUGGGUCCGGGAGCGGCUGAGGAUCGGGGCCGGAUUGUGGAGCUUGUGUUGAACAGGAUGAGGGCAGAGCUGCCCCGGCCACGGAGCCCCUCUCCUGCGAGGCCACGCCCACAGAUGACAGCGACAUCGGGGUCCACCCGGACAGCGACCCCCACUCAGCAGCGACCCCCGCCCCAGGGGGCUCCGCCGCCGUCUGGCCCCGCCCAGCCCCGCCCGCAGCCGCAGGGACAGCCCCGCCCACCUGGGGGCGUGGCCUCACCACGCCCCGCCUCCCCGGGCGCCUCUCCUCCUCGAGGCCCCGCCCAGCCCCGCCCGCCAGGCCAGCAGCCCCGGCCCCAAACCCCGCCCACCUCCCCGCAGCCCCGCCCGCAAGCCCCACCCACUUCCCCGCAGCCCCGCCCCCAGACUCCACCUCCCGCCACCCAGCCCCGUCCACAAGCCCCGCCCACCGCGCAGCCCCGCCCUCAGGCUCCGCCCACUUCUCAGCCCCGUCCUCAAGCCCCGCCCACCGCGCAGCCCCGCCCUCAAGCCCCACCAACUGGGAUGCAGCCCCGUGCUCAAGCCCCGCCCACUUCCCCUCAGCCCCGCCCUCAAGCCCCUCCCACCUCCCCUCAGCCCCGCCCUCAGGCUCCGCCUGCUUCUCAACCCCGCCCUCAAGCCCCGCUCAUCUCCCCUCAGCCCCGCCCUCAGGCUCCGCCCACUGUUCAGCCCCGCCCUCAAGCCCCGCCCACCUCCCCUCAGCCCCGCCACCCCGGCUCCCCCUCCACCCCGCAGCCUCGCCCCCAAACUCCCCCCGCUGCUGCUCAGCCCCGCCCCCCGGGCCCGCAGGCCCAGCCCACCACGCGUCAGCCCCGCCCCCAGGCCCCGCCCCUCGCCCCCAAACCUGCUCUGGCUCCUAAACCGGGCACGGCCCAGCCCCCCAGCCCCACCCCCGAGCAGGGCGGCCCCGAGGGUCUCCGGUCCCUGCGGCAGAGCUUCGCCUCCCUCUUCACCGACUAAAGGGGGGGGUGCCCCAUUUCCCCCCUUAUCCUCCCCCUCCCUAUCCCUUUUAGAGCCCGGGACCACCCUCUGGCCCCCCAGCUUGUGUGCCCCUAAGCCCCGCCCCCCCACGGGGAUGUGGGGGGGGCAAUGACACGAUGGUGAUGUUCGGUUUGUGCUCGUGACUGUGUGUAAGCCCCGCCCACGGUGUAAGCUCCGCCCCCCUCGCUUGGCCACGCCCCCCCGCAGUGAAGUGGGGGGCAAUAAAGCCCCAGAGCUGCUGCUGUGUUA